AUGAACCUUAACAAGUUCAGGAACUUUGGUGACCUUCUGCUGUGUGAUUUGCCAGGGGAGAUAACACUCGAAGAACUACAGUCUCAGAUUGCCCUGGAAUAUGGACAAGCCAUGGUGGUUAAUGUACGCAGGGCGGACAACCAAGUCAUGGGUAACAUUUUGAAGUAUGUAUGGAAGAGACACUGGCUGUACUUUGAUGGACAGCGACUAACAGAGGACAACAAGAAAAUCAAGGAGUAA